GGUUUCCCUACUGGCUGUGCUUUACACUCCUCUCCUCACACAGAAGCCAUUUUGGACUCAGUUCAGUUUUUUUUGCAUGUCAAUUUCAGAGGUAGUGUCUCUCUGUCCGUUCACUAUUUUAGGGGUAAGAAGAAAACACGUUAACCAAGCGUGCAAAAGAAUGAAAUUUCUGCAGGCGCAGGCGCUGUUAAACAACCAACGUUAGUAUUUGGAAAUGUUUGCUUCCUCGAUGGAUUUUUUUACAUUUUAAAGUUUAGUUUUUUUUUUCCCCAGUGCAAUUUUGUUGCAUGGGGGCUAUACACACAAAAGCAAGGCAAACUCUUUCUCGGUACAGUGGACAUUGGGUGGGGGGUAGGGUCAUUUGACAAAUCAUCUUUUUAAAUGUUCGAAAAGGAUACCAAUAAGCGUUUUAAAAGGAGAAAAUCCGGAGCCGUACGUGUCUCUUAAAUUCAAGGAAUAUGUUUGCGUCCUGGUUCACUUUUACACUUCUUUGGGGAACUUUUUGUGCAGGGCCUGGUCGUGGGGAGGCGGAGACCAGAGAGUGUAUUUAUUACAAUGCCAACUGGGAUCUGGAGAAGACCAACCGGAGUGGAGUGGAGCGCUGCGAGGGGGAGAAGGACAAGCGCCUCCACUGUUACGCUUCCUGGCGCAAUAACUCUGGCACCAUUGAGCUGGUGAAGAAAGGCUGCUGGCUGGAUGACUUCAACUGCUACGACAGGCAGGAGUGCGUGGCCACAGAGGAAAACCCCCAGGUAUUUUUUUGCUGCUGUGAGGGCAACUACUGCAAUGAGAAAUUUACCCACUUGCCUGAAGUUCUUGAACCACAAGUUUCCUUUGAGCCCCCUCCCCCCAUGCCCUCUCUGCUGAAUAUCCUGGUGUACUCCCUGCUUCCCAUCACCGGCCUCUCCAUGGCAGUGCUGCUGGCUUUCUGGAUGUACCGACAUCGCAAACCCCCGUAUGGGCACGUCGAUGUGAACGAGGAUCCUGGACUAGCCCCACCCUCACCUCUGGUAGGCCUGAAGCCCCUGCAGUUACUGGAAAUUAAAGCUAGGGGGCGCUUUGGCUGUGUGUGGAAGGCUCAGCUAAUGCAUGAAUAUGUAGCAGUGAAGAUCUUCCCCAUUCAGGAUAAGCAGUCAUGGCAGAACGAGAGGGAUAUUUUCCUGACUCCUGGAAUGAAGCAUGAGAAUCUGCUCUACUACAUUGGAGCGGAAAAGAGGGGAGUGAACCUGGAGAUGGAGCUGUGGCUCAUCACAGAGUUUCACGAGAGGGGCUCCUUGACCGAUUACCUGAAGGGGAACGCAGUCAGCUGGAAUGAGUUGUGUCACAUUUCGGAGACGAUGGCCCGCGGGCUGGCCUAUCUGCAUGAGGAUGUGCCCCGACACAAGGGAGAGGGCCCCAAACCUGCCAUCGCCCACAGGGAUUUUAAGAGUAAGAAUGUGUUGCUGAAACAAGACCUGACCGCCAUUAUAGCAGACUUUGGGCUGGCUGUUCGGUUUGAACCUGGGAAGCCACCAGGAGAUACACAUGGACAGGUGGGGACGAGGAGAUACAUGGCUCCAGAGGUGUUGGAGGGGGCAAUCAACUUCCAGAGGGAUGCCUUCCUCAGAAUAGACAUGUACGCCAUGGGGCUGGUGCUCUGGGAGCUGGUGGCACGAUGCACUGCCUCUGACGGCCCUGUAGAUGAGUACACGUUACCGUUUGAAGAGGAGAUUGGGCAGCAUCCGUCCCUGGAGGACUUGCAGGAAGUAGUUGUCCACAAAAAGAUGAGGCCUGCUUUCAAGGACUGCUGGCUGAAACAUUCUGGUUUAGCGCAGCUGUGCGAAACAAUAGAGGAAUGCUGGGACCACGACGCAGAAGCCCGUCUAUCGGCAGGGUGCGUGGAGGAGCGCAUCUCCCAGGUCCGGAGAUUGACGCACGGCACUACCUCGGAUUGCCUGGUUUCCAUGGUGACUUCUGUCACCAAUGUGGACUUGCCACCCAAAGAGUCCAGUAUCUGAAUCCCGGUCAAACCCUCAUUUUUCCAGACUCUGUGGAUUUCAGAAAACCAGGGAAAAAACAAACAUGAUUGCAGCUGCUAUUUUUUUUUAUUAAUUAUUAUUAUUAUUAUUAUUAUUAUUAUUAUUAUUAUUAUUAUUAUUAUUAUUAUUAUUAUUUUGGAUCUGAUCAAUAUUGCCAGCACACUUCUCUACUGUAUUUUUUUGAGAGACAAAAAAAAAAAAACACAUAUGCUGUCAUCUCAAACACAUUCAGGUGCGACUAAUGAAUGCUGAAAAGGUGCCGGUACCUCAAAUAUUUCAUUUGUCAUUUUUGAUUUAUUUUAUUUAAAUUUUGUUUUUGGAAGUUUUUAUUUGGUCUUCUAGACAGGGGACCGUCUGACAAACAAAAAAUGAAACUAUCUACCAUCUCGGACAAUUAAAAUGCUGCAAAACCUUGGAGGAAACUGAAAAGACUGUUACGCAAUUUUACACCUUCAAGGGACUACUCAUUUCUUUAACACCUGUGAGUGUGUGUGUGUGUGUGCGUGUGUGUGUGUGUGUGUGUGUGCGUGUGCGUGUGUUAUGAAAGCGAGUGCUCAACAAAAUAAAGAUAAAUGUGUCUUAUGGAACUAACGGGUGUCAUAGUAACAGAAAAAAGGCAAAAGACAAACUCUCUUUUUUUCAUUUCUCCCCCCCUGAUGUUGUGGCUUAUAGAGGUUUGUUAAGCACUUUUAUUUGGGAGGGGAGAGAGAGGAAUGUUGGGGGUUGGGGGUUGGGGGCAGUUGAAAUUGGACUGCAGCAUUUGGACAGUAAUAUUUUGUUGGGUACGAACUGCUUCUCAGGUAACCAGUCUCCUGGGUGGGGGUUUAUAAGGCAGGGUGUCAACCACAACCUAUUAAGUGAAGAGAGACAGAACAGACACUCAUGGAAAGGGAUGGGGGCAGGAGCACAUUUAGGCCAAGGCAGCACAGUUUUGUGGGAGAGAGUCAUAGGUGCCCAAACUAAAAUCUGUGUUUGUGGAGCAUGGUGAAAGAAUGUGUGUGUGUGUGUUGAACACAAUAUAAAGUAUAUGUUUGUAAAGAUGGGCAGUUUACAAUUAUUCAUGUGUUCAAUCUCUCUUUAUAUAUAUAUAUAUAUAUAUAUAUAUAUAUAUAUAUAUAUAUAUAUAUAUAUAUAUAUAAUUUUAUUUCUUCUGGUAACAAGACAAAAGAACAAACCUGGAACAUGCUUUCAAAAGACAAAACGUACACAUGGAUAAACACACAUGUGCACCCAGACACACGGACAGUUCAUGACCACAGACCACCUCAAACCAGAAAUACCUCAGAUUUUUCUACAUGUAUGAGUUUUAUUCUAUAUUUUGUUAGUUGUGUUGUCUUUGUAAUCAGUAUAUUUUAAUGUAAGUUGGCUUUUAUGACAAGGGAGUUAAAAAGAAAACAGAGUUCCAACAUCUUUUAGGAAGUGAUCCCAUUUCUCAUUGUAUAAAAACAUCCAUUGUAAAUAACUGUACACAGUUUUAGAAUACUGCCUACAUACAGUAUCGAGGCAUUAUUCAGUAAUUGUACUGGCUAUUGUUAAGUCUGUUGCCUAUGGGGACAGUAAACCUUUUUGCAUGUCAACACUUUUAAAAGUCAAUCACAUUUCUGUGCCUAUGAACUUUUACUUUUGCCUAUGAACUUUUGCAUUACUUCAUUAAUAAUGAAGUAAAGCAGUUUUAAAACAGAAAGAGGUGCAAAAGAAAGCUUCUCCAUUCGCAACACUCCUGAAAGUUAUUUUCCAUUGGACUUGUUUUUUUAUUAAUAAUUCCACAGCUUGGAUCAGGACGAGUGUUAGCAGAGGAGUCAAAUCAAAGAUCUGGUACUGGAGCCAACAAUGAAUGAGAUACAGUAUUCAGUUAUAGCUGUGUAAUGGAAGAACUCAACAGCUUGUUUUAUUUUUGAGUGUUUGAGAAAAAUGUUUACUGUCCCAGUUUAGUUUGUGCUCUGUAACCGUUUCUGUGUCACAUUGACUAAAUCAGACUCCACAGCAGUUGCCUUUUCAAAUUAUUAUUUUUCUACCCCUGAGAGCUGUAAGUUCUUGUUUCCAAGGUGCCAUGUAUUAUCUUGGUAGUUGGAGGUUUUGCUUUCCUCUUUGCUUCUGUGUAAUUUAAACCACACGGAACUGAGAUGAAAUGCUGAUUAAUGACUGCUCGUACAGGGCCUGGUUUCGGACUGUUUUGUAAUCAUAAAUGUAUCUAUUUAACAGGAAGCUUUUAGGGGCCUGAGUCUGUACAGCUCAGUUCGACGACUGCAAAGGUAGUUCUGUUAAAAGUGGAGAUUGAAAGGAAAAGGUGCAGCCGGUUUACGAUGUUUUGAGGUCCCUGAUUUCCAAUAUAAUACACUAGACUAUUUAGAACUCCUUUUCAGUAUUAAAUCGGGGGGGGGGGGGGGGCUUAUAUUGUGAACUAAAAAUACCCACAGCUCAGAUGAGUUUUGGUAUGAACAUCAGUUACUGUGUGUCUUAUCUUUGCUGCAAUAUUUGUCAGGGACUUUGUGUGGGGGAAAGAGUAAUGUAAUUGGUCUGUUCCCCAUUGUGAGAAACUGCAAAAUGCUGGCUGAAAACUGUUAAUUGAUUUAGUCCAGUAGUUUGGAGGUCCUGUGUGAAGAGUGAUUGAUUUAGUCCAAUGUGAGGAGUGAGUGAUUGAUUUAGUCCAGUGUGAGGAGUGAGUGAUUGAUUUAGUCCAGUAGUUUGGAGGUCCUGUGUUGGAGUAAUUGGGGACACUUUACAAACAGCUCUGUUUCUAAGAAGAGCAGUGCUGUGUUGUACAGGUUCAUGUUCAACACCAAGCUGGUGGUUUGUUUGAAGCAGUGCAGAAGUGAUUCCUGUAGGUGUACAGUAUAACAGGAGCCAGAGAAAAGUGGGCUGGGUUGCUGGUGAAGUGUUUUCCCUUGCUUGCUGAGUAAGAGGAGUUUAAGAAGUAAAUAUGGCCAAUAAUAAGUUGUAAAUCAGUUGAUCCAACAGCAUGAUUCAUGAGAACGAAUGCCCUUUGAGAGUUUAGUCCUAAAGAACCGUAGUGAGGCGUCUGGGUUUAAGUGUGCUUUAUGAGGAGAGGCAAGCCAAAGUAGGGUAGAGUCAGCAACCUUGUUAUUUUGUGUUUGUUUAUAUAUAUGUGUGUACUAAAAUAAAUCAUACAUUGUAACAAUUUACACAAAUACUGAGUUUUAGUAUAGAUCAGUUUAAGUGUCUUUUAAAUGGCAGUAAAGCUUCUCCCUGAAAUGUGUGGUGUUUUUUUUUUUUUUUUUUUGGCUAAUAGAAAAUCCAUAAGACAAUCUACUUACUAACCAUAUUGAGGCCUAGUUGACUUCUAACAGCCCUCAGAAUCCAUUCAUUCUAAGAAUUUAUGCCAGACAUUUUCUAGAGAAAAUGGCUAUUAUACGACACCUGUAUAAAAUUAAUUUCAUAUUUCCGUGUUCAUUUUUUUUCUGAUCUUCUAGUUUCUUUGUCUGCAUGACACAUUUCCUAAAGAAGAUAUUCUUUUUAAAGCCAUAUAUAACAGUAUUUUUUUUGUACCAGUAAACCACAAGAAAAUGAAAAAAGACUGAUUGCUUAGUACAGCAUUAACAUUGAGAUUUGUUGAGUUUUUGCAUUUGUACUCUGUCACAGCCUUUGGGUUUUACUAGUGAAGUCAGAGUCUGGUGUUUUCUUAUUCACAUGUGAUGUCUUGUAUUAUGUUGUAGAAAGUUUGAAGUUUGUAAUACACAGCAACAAUGUGCACAUGCCCAUUCUAAAGAGUUUGCAUUAAUAGGAUUAAGAUUAUGAUGUCAUCCAAGCAGUUUUGUUUCUGGGCUCUUAAUGAGACAAAAUCCCUGUAUUUUUAUUGGCUACCACUGGGAAGACUAUAGGUCAACAGGAAGUGAAUAGAAGUGAGAAAUGUAUGUGUUUUAGUAUGUCAGUGUUUUACUGUUGCUCGAUGUAAUGGGAUAAAGAGACCAGGGCAGACAUUGAAGAGGCUUCGGCUUUAGUUUUUUUCAUUCAGCAUUUUAAAGAUGGCUUUGUUUGUUUUUUUCCAAAUGUGAUUAUCUUUAAUGUAGGCAUCCACUAGAUUUAAAUACAAAGACCAAACUUGACACAUUUGAUGUAUGAUAACAAACACAAGUCCUAAAGCUGUCCUGAUGUGCCUUUUUCUUUCUUUGUUUCUGUAAAAGCAGCUGCUGUGGGUCUCUUUUGUUUUUUGUAGUACCUGAGAAAAGAAAAAAAAAAAAAAAAAAACCUUGGCCAGCUGUUUCUGGAUACAGGUAUUUCAGGAACCAAUUACCUCAAAACCCAUGUUGAUACCAUAAGAUGUACACUAUAAACACACAAACAGGAAACUCUGUACCAGUGCAACAUGUAAAACAAACCCCUGACAACUUGGAAACCUUUCUUUUUUAUGUAAGGCUUCAGCCAUUCCUGGCUAUUAAAAGCUCAUAAAUGGCAUUGUGCUACAGUAUUCAACAGUGCUUCCUUUUAGUUUUUAGUGUGUUUGAUUUUUUUUUUUUUCCUCUCAAGUAUUAUAGCUUUUGUAAAGGGGAUGAAUACCUUAAAACAAGUUAGCUAGUCAUUUAAAAUGUCCAUGGACAAAAGAGUUGAAUAACUUAGAAAUUGUUGUAACCCAGUUAUCAAGCUUUGAAGAAUUGUAACCAGUUUUGAUGCAUUUUACAAGGACGCUUUAUGGAGUAGAUCAAUGGGCAGGAGGUUCGCUACAGAACAUCGAACAGCCAUCAAGUUCCAGAGCCUGGAUGUGAUUUCUGUUUUUGAAACGGUUUGAGUUCCAGUAUAAAUCUUCCACACACGUGCAAAUGUACACUCUAAAAACCAUCACGACAAGAACCAACAACACGACAUCACCGCAACCAAAGCAUCGGCAUACUCCACUCGACAGCCUUGUGGUGUUGAACCCACAGUAAACUAAGGCAUGUUCUGCUAAUGUGUGACCAAUCGUCUGCCUCAGCAGGGUUACCUCGUUCUCCUCGCACCCUGAUGAGUGUUCCUUUCAUAGUGCUGAAGAGACUGGGUUACAACAACGUUCUUACCACAAUUGCAUUUCCUACGUGAAAGAUUGUACUCUUUCCUGCAAAGUGGUAAUGAGUACCAUUGGGCAAAGGUGAAAUUUUAACAGCUGCCUUUUCUGUUUUCUCAAAGUAUCAGUGUUUAGGAUUAAGUGUCAAAUUGUAUUGAUGUGGCUGCAAAGACCCUUCUUAGGCCUUGUUCAGAAAGUAUUAACCCUGCCCCUCACAAGGGGGGAGAUUAUGAACAUGAAUGACUGGUGUGAGAGAUGACAACUCUCCCACCCCAUAGUGUGGGGUAGACAUGGUUACUUCACUCUUAUUGCGCCAUGGCCUCAGCUUUGACCAAGUACAUGCCAUAUUGUUGCACAAUAUUAUUUCAAUGCUGGUUUCAGACUGAAUUGUAGGCUUGGUAUGCAACCAGUGAUUUUUUUUUUUUUUAAUGAUAUUGCUUAUACAGUACUUUACCCUUUUUAGAAAGCAACCCAAAUUCGGAUUCUUAUUAAUAAUAAGUAGAUACAUUUUAAAGUUAAGUAUGAGCUUCCACAGUAAUAGGGGAAAACUCAUGUGAUUUUAAUUCCAAUGUAACCUACUUUUUUUCUUUUUGGGUGGGUGGGGGAGGGGGGGUAGGUCAUAAUCGAGCGCUGUUUCUAUACCAGGACAUGUGAAACUGAAGCCAGGAGUGGGGAGGGGUAGGUCAUAAUCGAGCGCUGUUUCUAUACCAGGACAUGUGAAACUGAAGCCAGGAGUGGGGAGGGGUAGGUCAUAAUCGAGCGCUGUUUCUAUACCAGGACAUGUGAAACUGAAGCCAGGAGUGGGGAGGGGUAGGUCAUAAUCUAGCACCGUUUCUAUACCAGGACAUGUGAAACUGAAGCCAGGAGUGGGGAGGGGUAGGUCAUAAUCGAGCGCCAUUUCUAUACCAGGACAUGUGAAACUGAAGCCAGGAGUGGGGAGGGGUAGGUCAUAAUCGAGCGCCAUUUCUAUACCAGGACAUGUGAAACUGAAGCCAGGAGUGGGGAGGGGUAGGUCAUAAUCGAGCGCCAUUUCUAUACCAGGAUAUGUGAAACUGAAGCCAGAAGUGGGGAGGGGUAGGUCAUAAUCGAGCGCCGUUUCUAUACCAGGACAUGUGAAACUGAAGCCAGGAGUGGGGAGGGGUAGGUCAUAAUCGAGUGCCGUUUCUAUACCAGGACAUGUGAAAUUCAAAUGUUUGUUAUAUUUCACUAUUGUAGCUAAAAAUGUAGAAGAGAUAGCUUGUGUUACUGAAUCAACAUAAAUAUACUUGUUACAGUAACCCCUCUUGGACUAAUAUAUAUAUAUAUAUAUAUAUAUAUAUAUAUAUAUAUAUAUAUAUAUAUAUAAAUGCCCUGGAAAACCUUCUAUUGUAUCACCAUUAUGACUUUUUUUUUUUUUUGAGCAAUCAUUGUAACAUAGUUCAUGAAUUUGCAGUGGAUUAUUGUUCAUUUUUACUGUGGUAAUUUUAGACCAGAGUAUCAGUUUGAGCUAGAGUCGCCUGGCUUUUGGGUGUUGCUGUUUCAACCCUCUGCACUGGGUGCCAGAGGAAAUCAAAUAAAACAUGUAUGAAAGUAGUACUUACUCUGUGUGAAGCAACUACACCCCAAUGGUUAGGAGACAAAAAAUACUAGAAUGGAGUAUUUCAAAUGUAUCUUUUUUGUAUCUGAAAAUAAACAAUAAAAUGCUGAUAAUGUA